AUGUAUUCUGGCACCAAGCUCACCGAGCUACCGCCUGGUGUCAGCGCCACACAUUCUCCACAGCUGCGCAAAAGAGGCUCGUCGACACAAAUUGCGCCCACGGCCCAAGCCAUCGACACAACAGAUUAUCGCGAACAAAGGCGGCGCAUCCACCAUGAGGCAGAUGUCGUCAUUAUCGGUGCUGGCAUUCUGGGCUGUGCUGCUGCUGUCGCAUUCGGCAAGCAGGGCAGGAGUGUCAUAUUGCUGGAAAAGAGUCUCAAGGAGCCUGACCGCAUUGUCGGCGAGCUACUGCAACCUGGCGGUGUGAAUGCCCUUGAGAAAUUGGGCAUGAGGGAUUGCCUCGAUGACAUUGACGCCAUUCCCUGUUAUGGCUACCAGGUCAUGUACCACAAAGAGGAUGCCCACGUUCCCUACCCUCACAACCUUGUUAAAGGCGCGACCUCAAAAGUACCCGAGGGCCGCUCUUUUCACCACGGCCGCUUCAUUUCCAAGCUUCGCGCCAAGGCAAAGGCAACGCCCAAUGUCACCGUUGUUGAGUCGACAGUCACUUCGCUAGUCAAGAGCGACCACACCAACCAGGUCGUAGGUGUGUCGUGUCAAACCGACGGUCAACAAGACUACUUCUUUGGUGCUGUGACGCUGGUCGCCGACGGCUAUGCAUCAAAGUUCCGCAAAGAAUACAUUCCUCACCAGCCCCAGGUCCGCAGCAAGUUCUGGGGUCUAGAGAUGAUUGAUGCUCAACUUCCUGUCCCUAAUCACGGCCAUGUCAUUCUCACCGACGCACCUCCGAUCCUCAUCUACCAGAUUGGCACCCACGAGACGCGUAUUCUCAUCGAUGUACCGGAGAAUUUGCCCUCGGCGUCGCCCAAGAACGGCGGCAUCAAGAACCACAUGCUCAACGUAGCACUGCCCCGCCUUCCCGAAUGCGUCCAGCCUGCAUUCCGCAAAGCAGUCGAGCAAGGCAAGCUCCGUAGCAUGCCAAACUCCUUCUUGCCUCCUUCUACACAGAAGCAGGCCGGCCUAAUCAUCCUCGGCGACGCAAUGAACAUGCGCCAUCCCCUUACCGGCGGCGGUAUGACAGUCGCCUUCAACGAUGUAGUCCUUCUUUCGUCUCUCCUCUCCCCCGCCAAUAUCCCCUUGCUCGAAGACUCUGAGGCUGUUCUCGCCGCCCUCGGAAAAUUCCACUGGCAACGCAAGAAUGGCACCAGCGUCAUCAACAUCCUCGCAAUGGCCCUGUACUCGCUCUUCGCCGCAGACAAUAUCUACCUCGAACUCAUCAAGAAGGGUUGCUUCAAGUACUUUCUACGCGGCGGUGCUAGCGUCGCUGAGCCAAGUGGCAUGUUGGCCGGUCUGAUCACCAAUCCUUGGAUGCUGGUCUACCACUUCUUCUACGUCGCCGUAUACGCCAUUUAUGUACGAAUCCUUGAGGUUCCUUUCUACAUGAUCCCCUGGACUCUGUUUGUCGAGAGCACAAUGGUGAUUUGGACUGCUAUCUGUGUUAUCGGUCCUUACAUCAUUGCCGAAGCGAAGAGUUGA